CCUGCAGGGAAGUACGACUACAUGCACCAGGGUGCUUUUCUGGCAGUGCAAAGCCACUGGAUUCUGGGACCUACAUUGUCCUUUCCCCCCACCCCAGGAGAAAAGGGUUGGCUCCUGCACGUGAUCAAUGUCCUCUGACCUCACUGGCAGGCUGGAAGCAGUGGGGAGGGGGUAGGGCUGCUGCCUUAUUUCCCGGGAGCAGCAAGGGAUGGCUCUGUGCUGUCUUGUCACUGUAAGCAAAGCAGCCUGGAGGAAAUGGUUGCCCGAGGCACAGAGGAGCAUCGUUCCCGCCAGGGCGGAGGGGCUCUGGGCCUCACUCUGGAGGAGCAGCAGCAGCAGCAGCAGCAGCAGCAGAGGUUUUGCAGGGAGACCCCUUGGCAUAACUCAGACUCCAACCUUUGGGUUCCUGUUUGAUAUUGAUGGAGUGCUGGUGCGUGGCCGCCAUGCCAUACCGGCUGCCCGGGAAGCCUUCCAGAAGCUGACAGACUCCAAUGGUCAGCUCCGUGUGCCUGUCGUCUUUGUGACCAAUGCUGGGAAUUGCUUUCGGCAUGCCAAGGCCCAGGAACUGUCCAGUGCCCUGGGAUUGGAGGUAUCUCCAGAGCAGAUCAUCCUGUCCCACAGCCCCCUGCUACUCUUCCGUCAGUUCCAUGAGAAGUGCGUGCUGGUGUCUGGGCAGGGACCAAUUGAGGAGAAUGCCAGGAACCUGGGAUUCCAGAAUGUGAUCACUAUAGAGGCACUGAGGAAAGCAUACCCCUUGCUGGACAUGGUAGAUCAAAGCCGUAGGCCAAAGGAGCUGCCUCCUCCAACUACAGACUUCCCUACCAUAGAAGGGGUGAUUCUGUUUGGGGAGCCAGUCCGAUGGGAGACAAACUUGCAGCUGAUUAUUGAUGUCCUCCUGAGCAAUGGGAACCCUGGGGCAGAACUGAGUGCCGUGCCAUACCCCCACAUACCUGUCCUUGCCUGUAACAUGGACCUCCUGUGGAUGGCAGAAGCCAAGAUGCCAAGGUUUGGCCAUGGCACCUUUCUUUUGUGCCUGGAGAACAUCUACAGGAAAGUGACUGGAAGGGAGCUGAAGUACGAAGCCCUGAUCGGCAAACCCAGCAUUGUCACCUACCACUAUGCUGAGUAUCUGAUCAAGCAGCAGGCAGAGAAGCAGGGGUGGGAGUCUCCCAUCUGCAGGCUAUAUGCUGUUGGGGAUAAUCCUAUGUCAGACAUCUAUGGUGCAAAUCUCUACAACAGCUACCUCAAAGCUGCACACCAGACCCAGGCCCAAGCUGGAGUGCGGGGGAGCAUGGUGGCAGCAGGUCCUCAGAAGGACUUCAACCUCGGGAAUGAUAGCAAUGUCUUGAUGGAGAGCUGCGAGUCUAUUCUGGUCUGCACUGGGGUCUACCGUCAUCACAGAGACAUGCCCCCUGUUUCAAAUGUGUGUGUGAGGGACACAGUGUUCCAUGGGCACCGGGACUUCUGCUUUGAUCCCAGCUUGAUGGAAGCCUCUUACGUGGUGCAGGAUGUGAAUGAAGCAGUGAAACUUGCUUUUGAGAAGGAGACCUGGAGUUAGGAGUGAAGCAGGUGUGGCAGAAAUCUGAUCAUCACAGUUUAGCACCGAAGCAGAAGGGAAAGGGGAAGAAACUGGAAGCUCUAGCAGAGCUGAAGAAAGUUCCCAAGUCCCUGUGGGCUUGAUGUCAAACAUUCCCCUUGUGUUGUCAAUUAUUUUGCAGUCCUAAUAGCUGCUAGCAGGGUUCCAAACCCUUGCAGAGCUAUACUUAAACUGCUGUUGUUGCAGUGGGCUCAACCCUCACGUGGGCAGGGUCCAUCUAGCUGGACCAUCCCAGCCCCUGUGUCUGUGGAACUGUAGUUACCUGAACCCUCUUCCUUCUCAAACUCUUCUAUGCAUCUAAGGUGAGGACUACACAACCCUCAUCCAUGCCACACAUUUUAUGGUGAAGUGCUUCCUCCCCUGUGCAGAAGAUCAUUGGUUAGUGCAUGAGACCUACCCUGCUCAGAGGCUUGAGUGGGUCCUUCAUGGUGCCUGGUACACACUGCCAGUCAGGGCAGAAUUUAGCCAUUUGUUACCACUGUCCUCAAAAUGUGCCUGUGGAUGUUAAGUAGCCUUUGCCCAGAGACUUAACACAUGCAGUCUUUAUCUUGAAAUAGUACAGAGAAUCUCAGUGGCCAUACGCUGAGUCCCUCAUGGAGCUGAAAUGUUGUGUCAUGCCAUCCUCAGCUUCAUUCUGUGGCUCUCCAGCAACAGAAGCUGUAGCAGGUCUCCUCAUAGGAAAACCUGUAUAACCACAAUGACUUUGUGCAGUGCCAAGAACGGUGUUAUUCCUCCUUUUAACUUUGUCUGAAAACACCUCUUCAUCUGGCUGCCAGCCCCAAGGGCUGACAGCCUUGCUUUGUAGCAGCAUUAGAAGUAGCCUCAGCUUAUAAACUGUGAGAGACAAGGAGAUUGCCUUUCUGCUGUAAUGUUGGGCUCUGAAGUGGUACUGAGGUUGAACAAAGACACAGGAAUGGAUCUUCUGGAUGUCUGUCAGAGGGUCGGUACCCUCCGUGCCCAAGCAUCACUGCUUCUAAAAUGGCAUCCAUAGGAACUGGGGUCACUGCCUCUUCUUCCCCUGCUAUGUUGACUGAGAGGGCAGCCGAUUUCUGCUCUUUUCACUUGGAAUGAUGAGGGUGAAGGCAGUGCAAGGACCAUAAAGCCAGAACACAACCACACUCAGGAACUGUAGACUGUCCUCAUCUUGGUUUCUGGGUCUUUUAACUAAAGAAGUCUUCCUCCUAAUCUUCCCCCCACUCCCCUUGUCCAUUUGUUCCUCAGUAAUAACCCUAAAUCCAAUCCUCUUUCCGAAAGACUCUCCAGAACAGUCAGUGCUAUUCUUGGUUUGGCUGUAGCAGCCAAGAGCUCACUGCCUCAGCAGCCUUCCCAGGUUUUGCAGAACUGGAGAGCUUCAGUACUUUAGCUCUGGCUGUGAUGAGGGGGAAGGGAGUGACAGAGGCAGGCAUUAAGGCCUCUCUCUCAAAAGUCUUGAGGAAUCUAAUUUAACUGUGAAAAUUCCCCCCAGGUGAAACUUAAACAGGGGGAAAAAAAGAUAUUGGCUUAGGCAAAGGAUUCCUUUUAGGGCUGCAGUCUCUCUCUGGUAAAACCAUAAGCCAUCCUGGGUCUUCGAACCACCCAAAUGACUCGUUGCUAGACUUUGUGUCACAACAAUUCAUUGUGUGCUAGUUGGGUUACUCCUAGCUCCCAGCAACAUGUGCCCAGGAGAAGAAGUGGGCCCCAAAGUCAGAUACAGCUUUUGCUGGCCACAAUUUUACUGGGGGGAGGAAGGGGUCCACUUUGCUUUGUAUUCAAAUCCCAGAUAAAGUGUUUGCAGAUUUCCUGCCUGCACUUUCUUUGACUUCAGGGUAUCUGCCUAGGAAGGUUGUAUUGGGAACCAGGCUCUUUCCUCUCACUUGACACACUAAGGCCAAGGAUUGGGUUCUAGGCACUGGAAGGGGAUUGCAUGUUCUGUCAGGUGACAGAGACAGAAGCCUCUUCUUUCUUGGUAAAGCUUUAACACCAAGCCAAACUCCAGCUCCUGCUGUGCAGUCCUGCGAGACCUGCAAUGUGGAGGAGCUUAUUCCUUGGUUUCCCUUGUUCUGGCCCAGGUUUGUUCUUGAAGUCUUAGUGGGACAAGUAUCAUUAGGGCUGCCAAGAUGGUAUGCAGAAAGUUGAGUUUAGUUCAGACUUCCCUGGAUUGCUUAGGGAACUUGUUACCUUGGUUUUCUCCAAGCUAUAGAGACCCAUGUCUUGUUCAUGAAGGAUGAGCUUUGCUGGACUUGGCUCAAGAGAGCAAUAUUCUGUUCCAUGGGUUGGAGCCAAGUCUUGAAUGACUUUCCUUUGCAUGCAGUGUACCAGCCUAGCACUACAGAGGUCUUUCUCGUGCUUCUUCAUUCCUCUGUCUCAACUUGUCCCUCAGCCCCCAUCAAGAUGGUUGACAUUUCUCUGCAGAGAGAUUGCCAACAACAGUUGCUAAUUUUCACAUGAACAGCAGCCUCUGUUCAAAUCCUAGAUGAGCUCAGGCCACAGAACAGCUGCCUAUUGGUGGCAGCUACUGGUCACUCCUUCCACUGGGCAUUCUGGACCAGAUUUCAAAGGCAGGAAGAAACUAAGUGUGCAGCUGCGUAAUCAUCUAUUAAUCCUCCAAACGCUUUAGUUACAUGUUUGGGGCUCUAUUACUGACGAUAGCUGGUAAUAUGGUUGUUACUUUGACGCACACAUUCUUGUUUCUUGCAUUUGGCCCAGUAACUGUGUCAAGCCUGUGGUGCUGUCCACAGAGGAAAGUGUAUGGCUGGAAUACAUUAGCCAAAGUUCCAGCAUCUGAUUAGAGUACUUUCUUUGUAGUGGCUUUCAUAGAAGGAUAUGGGAGAGUUCAGUAGGUAGGAGACAGCAUCAUUCUACAUCAUAAUGCCCUCUUAACACCCUCCCUCACAGUAAGGAAGUAUCUAGGAUCUGUAUUCAGCAGGGAGUAAUCUUGCAUUGCAGGAAGUGGCCUGGAUGAGCCAGUGGUCCCUUUCCAUUCCUAAGUACAGUGGAGGUGCUGGUGUGUUGCGCUAUGCAAGUCUGUUGCAUCUUUGGAAUUGUAAAUCCAUUCCUCCCUUUCCAGUCUACCCGUUUGUCUGGGGAGUAGGGCAGGGGGGGAAGAGACCUUUUAACCCUCAGAGCUGGUAUUCUAGUCAAGUUGGGUUGCACAGCGUGCAUGUCAUAUUAGCCCUGCAUGCCCGUGAAGGAGUUAAAAGGGGAAACCCCCCCCCCUAAAAAAACCAAGAGAAACAAAAACACAAACCCCAAACAAGCCACUAAAUAAAGAAUUUUGUUCUCUUAACACCCACCCCCACAUGCACCUUUCUCUGAAAGGAUCAUACCACUUCUAAUCAGCCGUAACCUGUUGGCUGGGUGACUAUGAGUGGCAGGUAGUAAAAGGCCUUGUCACCUGUCAGCGGGCAUAUUUACGUGUGCAAUUAGCAUGACAAACUCCAGCAUAGUUUAUACUGGAGUUUACUGCCCCUGGUCACUGCAUUUGCAUGUAUGCCUGGGAUCACAGCACAUUGAACUAGAUUGGAGCAGCCCUGGUUGGCAGGGUGUCAGGGGUCAGCCUGAAGCUUCUCCAACCUGAUUUGACAUGCUGUGGAGGGGCUGGCUGAGGCAUGAGGGUGUUCGAAUGCAGGGUUAGCCAGAAGGCAGCCCCUGCACUGAAGCACCCUCAUGCCCCAGCCGGCCCUAUCACUGUCUACAUGUGUUGCUGUGCACGAAAUAACACUGCUGAAGGAUAGUACUUAGGUUUACAAGUACUAACCUACUGUAGAGUUAAUUACUGGAGCCUAAUGGCUACAUGUGCAGAUGCUGAGACUUUACUGCAGAGCCAGUUAGGCAACUCCACUGGAAAUGUCUUGUGUAGAUGUGCCUAGCCUCUGUUAUGAACUCCAGGCCUUUUUUUUAAGACCUCUCUACUGUAAUAAGCAGCAGUUUGCCAGAAUCUUGUUCUACCAAAAAUAAUGGUCCUCUACCAGCUGGAUGCAAAUGUUGAAGUGAAGUGAAAUCUUUGCACAAUUAGCUGCAAGGCAGGGUGGGGAUUAGCCACUAUCCUCUACUUCUCAUGUAUCCCUUUCCACAGUUUGGAUUCUGGUUUGGAGCAAAUUUCCUUCAUUAUGGGUGGUCUGAUCACUCAGCAGUAGAUGCAAUCUUAAUUAGUGCUCAUAAGUACUAUGCCUCUCAGACAGUAAUGCUGUGAAGGUCUGAUCCUGACAUCUGGACCUUUUGUUGGCUUUGAGAGAUUUUUGGAUCAGCCUCAAAGCAAGUCAAGCAGGCAGAACUAGAAUCUUGUAAGUGAGGCAGAGCUCCCCUUUCACACAGUAAGGGACAGGAGAGCAGGCAAUGUGGGGUGGUUGUCCCUGAUGCGGUGAGGGGCACGGCAGAGUGUUCCUUUUCAACUGCCACCUCUUCCUAGGCAUAGCGAGUCAAAAAGACUGAUUGUGCAGGGGGACAUAGUUUCAUAGUUGGUAGGGUCGGAAGGGACCCGAGCAGAUCAUCAAGUCCGACCCCCUGCCAUGGCAGGAAAGAGUACUGGGGUCAAAUGGCCCCGGCAAGGUUUUCAUCUAACCUCCUCUUAAAGACCUCCAGGGUAGGAGCCAGCACCAUGUCUCUUGGAAGUUGAUUCCAGAUCCUAGCCGCCCUGACUGUGAAGUAGCGCCUCCUGAUGUCUAGUCUGAGUCUACCCUCUGCCAGCUUGUGACUGUUAUUUCUUGUCAUUCCUGGUAGUGCUUGGGGGAACAGGGACUCCCCCAGUGGCUGCUGGUCCCCCCUGACUAGUUUGUAACAGGCCAGUAGAUCCCCCCUCAGCCUUCUCUUGUGGAGGCUGAACAGGUUCAGGUCUCUUAGUCUCUCCUUGUAGGGCCUGCCCUGCUGGCCCCUGAUCAUGCAGGUGCCCCUCCUCUGGACCCUCUCAAUGCUGUCCGUAUCCCUCCUGAAGUACGGCGCCCAGAACUGGACACAGUACUCCAACUGUGGCCUGACCAGUGUCGCAUAGAGGGGGAGGAUCACCUCCUUAGACCUGCUCAACUUAACCUGCUCUGUGGAUACAUGACAAGGUGUGGUUGGCCUUCCUGACUGCAUCCCCACACUGUUGGCCCAUGCUGAUUUUGGCAUCAAUAAUGACUCCAAGAUUUUUUUCAGUCUCUGCACUGACAAGAAGGGAGUUCCCCAGCCUGUAGGUAUGCUGCUGGUUCUUCCUCCCCAGGUGCAGCACCUUGCACUUGUCAGUGUUGAAACGCAUCCUGUUCUCAUCUGCCCACCCCUGUAACCUGUCUAGGUCUGAUUGCAGCCUUUUCCUCCCUUCUAGCAUGCCCAUAUCCUCCCACAUCUUAGUGUCGUCAGCAAAUUUGAACAGAGUGUUCUUUACCCCCUCAUCCAAGUUGCUGAUGAAGAUGUUGAACAGUGUGGGUCCGAGGACCAAGCCCUGGGGGAUCCCACUGCCCACAUUCCUCCAGGUUGAAAAUGACCCAUCCACCACCACUCUCUGGGUGUGGCCCUCCAGCCAGUUAGUGACCCAUUUGACUGUGUAGAUGUCGAUGCCACAGUCCCUUAGUUUUUUUGAUGAGAGUGGGGUGAGAGACAGUGUCAAAGGCCUUCCUAAAGUCCAGAAAGACUACAUCCACUGCUACACCUGCGCCUAAGGAUUUUGUGACCUGGUUAUAGAAGGCCACCAGGUUGGUUUGACAGGACCUGCCUCUAAUGAACCCGUGUUGGUUGUCCCUAAGCGUAACCUCCCCUGCUGGCCCCUUGCGGACAUGCGCCAGGAUAAUUCUCUCAAAAAUCUUACCCAGGAUCGAGGUAAGACUAACUGGCCUAUAGUUUCCUGGGUCCUCCUUCUUCCCUUUUUUGAAAAUGGGAACCACAUUGGCCCUUUUCCAGCCCUCUGGCACCACACCAGAGCACCACCAAUGCUUGUAAAGCCGUGCCAGGGGUCCCGCAAUGACCUCUGCUAAUGUAUGUAACCGCAGUAAACCCACUUCCAGCACUAAUGCUGGAGUUUCUCUUUCCCCAACGUACAGGAAGCCCUUUUACAUUGUAUGGCAUGUUUUGUAACAGAUCAAGCUGAUAUCAGGUUUGGGAUAUGACCAAGUUUAGCUUUUGUAUUCAACUUAACCUAAAUUUCAGGCUGCUUCUUCAGACCAAGCAUAUUUGCCCAAGAAUAUAAAAUCUUUUUUUGUGGAAAUAAAAUUUAACGUGUGCAAAUUU